GGUCAAUCACUCACUAAUCACGAUUCUUGACGCUCGCUGCCGCAGACUGUACUUGUUUUCUUCUCCUAAAAGGACCCCCGAGGACCUAAAGCAGCGCCAAGAUGUGUGAUGAUGAUGCUGGAGCACUGGUCAUUGAUAAUGGAUCCGGAAUGUGCAAGGCCGGUUUCGCUGGUGAUGAUGCGCCACGUGCCGUCUUCCCGUCCAUCGUUGGCCGUCCGCGCCACCAAGGUGUGAUGGUCGGUAUGGGUCAAAAGGAUGCCUACGUAGGUGAUGAAGCGCAAUCGAAAAGAGGUAUCCUGACCCUAAAGUAUCCGAUCGAGCACGGCAUCAUUACCAACUGGGACGACAUGGAGAAGAUCUGGCAUCACACCUUCUACAACGAGUUGCGAGUUGCCCCGGAGGAACAUCCAGUGCUGCUGACUGAGGCUCCUUUGAAUCCCAAGUCCAACCGUGAGAAGAUGACCCAGAUCAUGUUUGAGACGUUCGCUUCUCCGGCUGUGUACGUCGCCAUUCAGGCUGUCCUGUCCCUGUACGCUUCCGGUCGUACCACCGGUAUCGUUCUGGAUUCCGGAGAUGGUGUCUCCCACACCGUCCCGAUCUACGAAGGUUAUGCCCUUCCCCAUGCCAUCCUCCGUAUGGACUUGGCUGGUCGUGAUCUUACGGAUUACCUGAUGAAGAUCCUGACCGAGCGCGGUUACUCUUUCACCACCACCGCUGAGCGUGAAAUCGUUCGCGAUAUCAAGGAAAAGCUGUGCUACGUCGCCCUGGACUUUGAGCAGGAAAUGCAAGCUGCCCAAUCUUCGUCCUCUGCUGAGAAGUCCUAUGAACUUCCCGACGGUCAGGUCAUCACCAUCGGCAACGAACGUUUCCGUUGCCCAGAGGCCCUGUUCCAGCCGUCCUUCCUGGGCAUGGAAGCUACCGGUGUCCACGAGACUGUCUACAACUCGAUCAUGCGUUGCGACGUCGACAUCCGUAAGGAUCUGUACGCCAACAGCGUCUUGUCCGGUGGUACCACCAUGUACCCAGGUAUUGCCGAUCGUAUGCAGAAGGAAAUCACCUCCCUCGCUCCGUCCACGAUCAAGAUCAAGAUCAUCGCCCCGCCCGAGCGUAAGUACUCGGUCUGGAUCGGUGGCUCCAUCCUGGCCUCGCUGUCCACCUUCCAGACGAUGUGGAUCUCGAAGCAGGAGUACGACGAGGGUGGCCCAGGAAUCGUCCACCGCAAGUGCUUCUAAGCGCAUGCUUACUCUAAUCGAUGACAUUGCCAGUAACAACCGCAACAACAGCACAAGCAAAGUACAAACGACAGCAACUUUAGCAACAACAACAACUCAACUGCCAGCAACAACUAGCUUAGUUCGGGCUUAUUACAAGCAAGGGAGAAGGACUCGUGUGGACUCGUCCGGGGCCGGAGGAAAUCAUCACCAGCAACAACAACAAC